AGAAGGGUAGAUUGAGUUGAUUGAAAAGUGAGAUCGGUAGAGUUGUUGAGAUGGCAGCAGAUUGGGGUCCAGUGGUGAUAUCAGUGGUGCUGUUUGUGCUGUUAAGUCCAGGGUUACUGUUUCAGCUUCCAGCGAAGGGCAAAGUGGUGGCUUUUGGGAGCAUGCAAACUAGUGGCCUUUCUAUCUUAGUCCACACCAUCAUCUUCUUUGGACUCAUCACCAUCUUUCUACUUGCCAUUGGUGUGCACAUUUACUCUGGAUAAUCAAUCAUCCCCUUCCAUAUCUUGCUUUCUUUUCCUCUAUAUAUCAUUUCUUUUUCUCCUUUUUUACUGUAUUUUCAUUUCUUUUGUCGUCAUGUAACCUUAAGAUGUGUGAUCAAGGAUUUAUGCCUUAAUUUAAUUUCUUCUUUCAUUUUAUGUUCA